ACUGACUAGAGUGUGCUGGGUGAAAGAGGGGAGGGGGGAGGGCAGAAGAAGUGAAGACGGCGACCACGACGACCACGACCACGACCACGUAGGGUUGCGUUGCGUUGCGUUGAGUUGAGUUGCGUGUAUGUGGGGAUCCGGUAGGUGGGUGGGGAAGGAGGGUUUGUGGGAUUGGUGAGUAGGUUUGCAAAAUUGAGGGCGGAGGGUUCCGGAAGUUCAGUGGAGGAGGAUAUGCGCGUGUUUUAGAUAUCUGGAGCAUUUUAAGCCUUGCCCAGGGGAAUUGUAGGGCAUGGUGUGGACAAUUAGUUUCGAUGUAUUCCCUUCUUGUCAAGACAUUAUACAUGGAUUACCGCAUUGAGCCGGUCUGAUUCGGACACUGUUCUGAUAUGAUGCUGAAGAAACCUACAUCAAAGGAUUAAAGUGUGUUGUUUCUUCCCGUAUCAGUUGGCGUGCUAGUAUUUUCUGUUCGAAGUCCAUGCCGCGACUGGAGGGUACUAAUUGAACAGAAGUCAUUAUGGCUGUGUUUGGCAUGAAGCUCGUAUGUGCAUUUGUCAUGUUAGAUAUCAUGACAAAGGUAUGUCAUGCGGCAAGCCCAACUGGAUUUUGCAAUUCUACAUGUGGUAGAAUUACUCUCAAGUAUCCAUUCCGCUUGAUGGAUAAUGAAAAUCCCGCGAAGUGCUAUUCGAAUUACCCACAACUUAAGUUCCUGUGCCCAGACGAGACCUUGCGCCUUCACUUUACUUCAAUGCCUGAGUAUUCCGAAAAUGAAUACUUGGUUUUGGAUAUAAAUUAUGAGAACUUGACUCUUUCCAUAGUACCUUCGAAUGGUGCAUGCUACCUAUUUAACACAAGCAGUUUUGGAGGUAUGAAUAUCAAAAAUACCUCCAUGCUGUAUCUGAAUUGCCGAACCGAAAUUGGUGGGUCAUGUGAACCAGCAAACAAGACAAGCAGUACCUGUGGAAUCAAUCCGGCCGGUAACACACAACCAAGUACUUGGUUUUCUUGUCCAGUGAAGCUUCAGCAGGACAGUGAUCAGAAAUACAAGGAGUGCUUCCUUACCGACCCAUUGCAGCUUCAGUUCACAAAUGAUAAUCGUACUAGUAUUCCAGUCCCCUCACCAAGUCCGUCACCCUCGAAUACACCUCCUGCUGCAAAUUCAAACAAAUCGAAUCUGAACGUGUUUAUCAUUCUAGGUGUUGUGGGUGGUUUUUUGGCAGCAGUUCUGAUCUUCCUAUGCGCCCUGCUGUAUUGUUGCCGACGGUCACGGCCCGGCCCGAGUGAUUUGGUGAAGUUUGAUAGCGGUGACAAGAAAGCUUUUGAAAAGAUUCGCUCAGGUGGUUCAGGUCAUAUCCCACAACUUUUCACCUACAAAGAGCUUGAUCAUGCCACGCAAAAUUUCAGUGCGAAUCAUCAGCUAGGGGAAGGAGGUUUUGGAACGGUGUAUAAAGGGAAACUUUCGGAUGGACGACUGGUUGCUGUGAAGAAGCUCAAUCAAGGUGGAAGUCAAGGCAUACAACAAUUUCACAAUGAAGUUGAGGUUCUCUCCAAAGUGCGUCAUCCGCACUUGGUCCAGUUACUUGGUUGGUGCAGGGAGCGACCCCUUCUUGUCUAUGAGUAUCUACCAAACGGGUCAAUCUCGUAUCAUCUCCACGGAGGAAAUAACGGACACCUCCCUUGGGAGACGAGGUUAGGCAUUGCAAUACAGACAGCAGAAGCACUUUCUUAUCUUCACUUUGUGGUGAGCCCACCAAUUUUUCAUAGAGAUGUGAAGACAACUAAUAUCCUCCUUGAUGAGGGCUUCAAAGUUAAAGUUGCUGAUUUUGGUCUUUCGAGGUUGGUGGUGAACCUGGAAAAUACCCACAUCUCAACGGCACCGCAAGGGACCCCUGGUUACCUUGACCCAGAUUAUCAUGAAUCUUAUCAUCUCUCUGAUAAGAGUGAUGUUUACAGUUUUGGGGUGGUGUUGAUGGAGCUUGUGACCGCUAAGAAAGCAGUGGAUAUGGCACGGGAGCGGAAGGAAAUCAAUUUAGCUUCACUGGCUGUGGCUAAAAUCCACUCUGGAUGUUUACAUGAGAUCCUCGAUCCAAAUUUGACUGUUCAGUUCCAUGACAAUCCUAUGAUGCAAGUUAUGGUGGAGCAAGUUGCAGAGCUGGCAUUCCGUUGUCUAGCCUCUGAAAAAGACGACCGACCUUCGAUGAAAGAAGUGCUAGCAGAGUUAUUGCGAAUACAUAUUGUUGGUAUUGAUUUCCAUCCUUCAGUAAAGAAGUUGGAGAUGGACCCGUCCUAUCAUAAUGAAGACUCUGCAAAGCCUCUUGUAAAGAAAGACGGUGGGUGGCGAGCAUCUCCUACGUCUGUGCAAGAUGUGUGGUACCACAUUUCCGAGGCGCAAUUAUUAGGUGGAGUACGUUCAUAUAAUUCGGAGCGUUCACAUUCUGUAUCAAUUACUUUCUAGAGCGUUCAUGAAAAAUCCGAUUUAGGAGAAAAAGAAAAUAGAUAAUAUGAUGAAAACCGCGUUUGCACAUAGAGUGUAUAUUUGCAUGCAGACGUAUUCGGUAUUUAGAGGUAAUUGUUAUAUCAUAAUGCAUUUUCGAGCAGCUGGUGUUAAGAGAAUGUUGUAAUGAAAAUAAGCCGGCUGCCGAUUGCUACACAGGUAUAUAUUCGUAUAAAGUAUUAUCCCAUGUAUUGGUCAUAUGAUCAUGGAAGAGAAAAUUUGAGUGUCAUAAAUUCCGUUCAAGAUAUUUGUGAUGAA